UGCUCACCUUCUGGCCCCGUCCUCCCUGCAGUGACUCCCUGACUGCUCUCGCCAUGGAAGGAGGAGACGGCAGCGACGUGUCUUCCGCCAGUCAGGCCGGAGAACCGAAGGGGGAUGUUCCCGUGAAGGAUGACAUUCUUCUUUUGGCUGAUGAAAAGUUUGACUUUGAUCUUUCACUGUCUUCUUCAAGUGCAAAUGAAGAUGAUGAAGUCUUUUUUGGACCUGUUGGGCAUAAAGAAAGAUGUAUUGCUGCCAGCUUAGACUUAAAUAAUCAGAUUCCUGAAGAACCUCUUUUGCCAGCAUCUGAAAACUGCUUCACUUGGAGUCCUCUCACUGGGGAAAAAUUUGUGGAAGUUUAUAAAGAAGCUCACUUGUUGGCCUUGCAGAUAGAAAGCAACAGCAAAAACAAGGUGGCCCAAGCUGCCAAGCCUGAAAACUCUUCGAGCCAGGGUGUGGAGAGAUUCAUACAGGAAUCAAAAUUAAAAAUAAACCUCUUUGAGAAGGGAAAUGAAAUGAAGAAAAGCCCCAGGUCACUUAAAAGGGAGACAUACUACUUGUCAGACAGCCCCUUGAGGGGACUGCCCCCCUCGGGAACCCAGCCCCCACCGCGCGUGGCCCUGCACAGUGCCCCUGCCCAGGCCAGCCUCCCCCAGAGGCAGGGGCCGCCACACUCUUCUCGUUCUUCUUUGCCAGUGGAACCAAGUACUGCUCACCCUCCGAACCAGGCAGUGACUCAGAAAAAGGUCAUCAGCAAAUUGCUGCCGCCCCGAGCUUCGUCUGUUAGAGGGAAAAACAUUCACUUGGCCAUGGAGCAGCUUACUAAAGAGAAACCAGCUAGUCCUUGCAGAAUGAAAAUCCUAAAUGAAAAGGAAUCCCACAGGGACAUGCCACCUGACAAGCCCAGCACUGCCCAGGAUGUCACUAGCUUGCCAGCGAGUGGAAGCCACUUGGUCCAAGGCAAGCGGUCACUCCCUGUUCCAAGCAAGUUGGGGCUGAGGAAAACCCUGUUAAAACCACCUGGUUGUGCUGGCAGCCUCGAAAGAAAGCCCUCUUCCUUGGGGUGUGUCUCAGGCAUGACAUCCAGUGUGUCUGCUGCUCCAGCAGCAGGCAAAGCUAAGUCAAGUGAACUUCCGAGUAGUCCUGCAGACAGUUCCCGGCCUCUGUCAAACACCAGCCAGUUAGGCAGAAUGGGACAUGCCGUGUCACAGCCGUCCCUGCAGGCAGGCCCUGCUGGUGUGUCCUGCAGGCAAAGCAGGUGGGCCGAGGUUGCUGAUUUGACAGCGGAGCAACCCAGGGCGCCCCCCACGUCACCCCUCAUCCAGCUCCAGACUCCAGAACAGGGAGGCCCAAGGCUGAGCUCUCACUCUGGUCUGUCACAGUCUUCUCAACUGAACACAGCUGGGAGGACAGGAAGGCGGGAUUCCUUUCUAAAUUCCAAGACAAAGGUGAUGCCUACCCCUACAAAUCAAUUUAAAAUCCCUAAGUUUUCCACUGGCGAACACCCAGGCAGCGCAACGCCAAAGUUCUCUCGGGCGCAGAGGCUGCAGUCCUGCACGUCGGUAGGGAGGGUGACUGUCCAUAGCACUCCUGCGAGACGCUCAUCAGGGCCAGCCUCACAAAGCCUUUUAAGCAGUGCGAGGACCCCUGUGAGUGCGAGGCGCAUAUCAGCGUUGCCCACACCUGUCAGCCGUCGACUCGCUGGCCUUCCAUUGGUGACCCCUAAAACCACGCCCAGGAUUCUGGCUUCUCCCCUGUGCGUGUCUACUCGGCGACUUUCUUCUGAGCCCCGGAAAAAAUCUGCAUCGAGAACUUCACCAAGGAGGGAGAGCAACAGCAAGGCUGCUUCUGGGUGCUCGGACUUGUCGUCCGACGAGAGUUUUUCUCCUCCGUCUGCUGUGCCACAGGCACUUAGCUUUUCUCCAGAAAAGAGUGAUUUUACUUUUUCAAAAAGUGCCACCACAGAAGUAGCGCUGGAUGAAGCACAGCCGCCUGAAGAUGCAGCCCCCAGUGAGGCUGUUCUUGUGGAUAUCAAGCUGGAUCAACUUAUCAUCACUCCGAAAGCUGACAGCACACCCCUCAUCGACCUCCCUCUCAUCGAUCUUUGCAAUACUUCAGAAGCAAACCUGGCUUUGGGAUCAGAAAGUAGACCUCUGAUCGACCUCCUGACGAACACUCCAGACAUGAACAGAAACGCUGCCUUGAAGCCUCUCCACGAGGUGGCACAGCUGAUAGACCUGGCCUCUCCUCUCAUCCAGCUGAGUCCCGAGGCUGACAAAGAAAACACUGACUCGCCGCUUCUCAAGUUCUGAGUAGAAUAAUUUUGUGCAUUU